AUGACACACACAUUGAACACCAAAUUUGAUACUCUUAAGGGAGGAUGGGUUGAAGAACUCCCUAGCGUGAUGUGGUCUUACCAUACUACAACAAGAAGCAGCACGAGAGAAACCCCAUAUUCAAUAUCCUCCAAGGUAGAAGCUAUGAUCCCAUUGGAGAUUGGGAUUCCAUCAUUCUACACAUCAGCCUACAACAAAAUUGAAAAUGAAAAGUCCCUUCACAAAGAGCUAGACUUGGUGAAAGAAGUGAGAAAUGGGGCUGAACUCGAAAAUGCUAUUAUAAACAACGCAAUGCAAAGUAUUACAACUAGAAGCCUUGCUCUACAGCAAGCCGAACUAAGGUUCCAUGUGCUGCAACACUUAGAUGAUUCUCCUAUCGCAGGAGCCAUUGAAGCCUUGCUCUCCAGCAAGCCGAACUAA